AUGGCUCAGUACUACCAAAUUGUGGAACGCGAAGAUCUAAAGAAUAUGUAUCCGCAACUUAACCUUGACGAAGGAAUCCAGCUCGUUAUGGGCGAUGAAGUGCAGUUUGGCCAGCAACAAGUGAUUCUGUCGCAGGAGUCAACGAACGAUCUGCAGCUGCAACUUGGUGGCGACUCCACCAACCAGCAUCUCCAGCAAAUCGUCUACCAGACUUCGCCGCAGACGGCACCACCACCACAGCAAAUAGCUCUGCAACAACAGCAGCCGCAGCAGCAACAAAAUAUCAUCGAAUCGAAUUAUCUGGUGCAGCAAGACGAUGGAACCAUGACUGACGCGUUCGUUGGUGGCCCCGGCCAACAAGUACCCCCAGGGAUGGGUAUAGUCCCUCAGCCGCCAUUGACACAGCUUCCACAAACGCAGCAACCACAGCAACAGCAGAUUUAUUACACCGACGACACAAACGGGCAGCUGGUGCACACGGGAAAUGUUGCGCAAAACCACGAGUUGAUGCAUGAUAAUUCGCAACAAUCCACACUCCAUACGCUGCAGACGGCUGCUGAACAACAAAUGCAAAACCAGCAACAGCAAUUUUUUUCAAACCAGCAACAGGAACAACAACAAAUACAGCAGCAGCAUCACCAGCAGGAGUUGGUACAACAACCACAGUCCAAUCAUCCGCCAAUAUCAUCGCAUCAGGUAGUGCAGCUGCAUUCUUUACAACGGCAAGGCAUCAUUUUUCGCCAAACCGACGCGACGAAGCAAUCGGUUUCUAUUAAUCAAUCGCAGCUGCAAAAUGUGCUGAGUGCUCAACAGCAAACGACGCAGGUAAUUUUACCACAUCCCGGAACGAAUCAGAUAAUGCACCGACAGCCGACGUUAACCCAACCACAGUCUCAAAUUCAUCAACAGCAACCAAAUCAGCAGCCGCAACAGACAGUUCAGCAGAAUCAGCCACAGAUCGUUUACGAGCAAGUUCCUAACCAACAAAAUGUUGCCAUUCAGCCACAGAUGGUGCAACACCAAGGGGUGACCGUGGCGACCACUAUUUCCCAGCAGCAACGCAUUCAGGUGAACAAGUCUACGAUAACGUUAACACCGCAACAACACCAGCAGGUAUUUCAGCAACAGCAGCAGCAGCAGCAGCAGCAACAGCAAACGAUACACGGGCAGCAACAGCCCGGCACCGCAGGCAAUGCGAUACUCAACCAGAGUGGAAUGCGUCACUUGCUUUUGGUUACGAAAAGUCCCCAGUCUCAGAUCGGCGUAAGCCAGUCCCAACAACAGCCCCAGCACUCUCAGCAGGCUCAAGCCAUUCAAGUUCAGUCGUCAAUGGCAUCGCAAUCAUCGUUACUGGUGCAGCAGCAACCACCGCAGCAAACGCAGGCUCAACAACAGCAAGUAAAGAUCAUCGUAAGCUCGGCUGCAACUCGAACUCGAGCCGCACGACCGCGGAUGAGCAAGCCAUGCGUCUCCAGGGCACCGCGACAGCCUGCUCCAGGUGUGGUGCAGAUGCGAGCCCCGUGCGUAAAAGUUAUGGCUGCAACACAGCAGCAGCAGCAGCAGCAGCAGCAGCAGCCACAAUCGCAGCAGCAACAGCCUACUUUACAAAUCACGGGCCGAGGAAACUACGUCUUCACUAAUCCGCGUCAGAAGUUUUUGACGAUCAAUCGUCCACCGGCGACACCGAGACUGGCAAUCUUCCACCGUCCCGCCAGUGGCCCGCUGGGUCAACAACAAGUACAGCCGAUUCAACAGCAGCAGCAGCAACCACCGUUGCAACAAAUAGGGGGCCAACCCGUUCAGCCAUUGGUUGUCAGCCAGGCAUCUGCCGGUCCGGCGAAGUCGCUGGUCGCGUCCAGCGUUCCCGGUGGCGACACUACCGAGCUGGGCGAUCUGGAGGACAGCAUUCAAGCUGUGUUUUUACAGAAACGAUCGGCAGAUGCUACGAAACCCCCGUCCGUAGCUUCGACACCGCCCGCGGGCGGUGUCGUCCCUGGAGUCAUCUACCAAUCACAGCAACCUGCGCAACAGCAAAUGAACCAGCAGCAAGUGGCGAUUCCGGUACAGUCGCAGCUUCCGGUGGCGUUGGCCGAUGGCACUUCUCCGGAAGGGUCGACCAGCUUCAUUCCGUUGCCCGAUGGACGGUUGGUGACGCCGGCUGCGUACCGGACGUUCCAGGAAAAGCAACACCUUCGCCAGCAGGAAGCACGGAUUGGUGGAUUUAAUCAGCAAUCGCGUGUCAGGAUGCCAUCGCGAGCCAUGGUCAUUAGGUCGCGGGCGCCGUUGUCUCGCCAAACGGUUGCAAUGCACGUCGCACAGCAACCGCCUACAUCUGUGCCACAAAGCGUCACGCUCUCGUCCACGCCAAUACAGCAACCGAUACAAAUUCCUUCUAACCAACUGCUGCAAACGAUGAAUGUCGGACAGUCUGGUUUACAGCAAAUGCAGCAACUGCAAACGGUGUCCCUUCAACCACCGAGUCUCGCACCGUCGUCGGUGCUACCGACGAUCCAAGUCGUACAGGAGCCAAUCCAAGUGGUGCAGGAACGCGAAAGUGCGCGGAUGUUGGUUAUCCUGCAGAGCGGUGAACAGCGACUGAUCACGUUUACGCUGCCCAAGGAAAGCUGCACGGUCCAGGAGUUGCUGGAGCAGGUGGGAGUACAGUACUCUCCGGACAGCAACAUCAAGUGUAUCGCAAACCUGGGCGGAGAAAUUGACUACAUCGUCUGUGUGGGUCUUGACUCGGAGGAAACGAACGAAGUGAUCAAACAGGCAGAGAAUACCAUCAAAAACCAUCAGCUACACAGCUUGCAGCAACAGCUACAGAUGCAGGAACAACACUCGCUUCAGCAGCAAUUGCUCCAGCAGCAGCAGCAACAGUUGCUACCGACGGCUGGCGUCACAAUGCAGCAGCAACAUCUUCCCCAGCAGGUGACGGUCACUCUGCAGCAUCAGCUACAACCGCAGCAACCACCGCAACUGCCUACUAUUCCGGUGCAACAGUCAGCACCGUUGCGAUUCAAUGAUAGCUUCUGCCAAACGAUCACUACCGGUGGGGUCUCGUUGGCAACGGGCGACUCGAAGGUAGUGUCGAUUGUCGAUGGUAGUACGCCCGAAGCUAAACGUGAACCACCGGCGAAACUGGUGCGAGGCUUUCUGGCCGUUUGCGCAUCCUGCGGUUACACGGGAGCCGAUCACGCCAAAUGCCAACGGUGUCGGCGGGUGUUUACCGAGACACCGCGGCGUAUCGCCGAACCGGACAAGGGAUCUCCAGCUUUGUCGUCGAACCCACCGCCACUCAUACCGACGGUCACUUCGACUCCGAUCGUGGCCAGGAAGUACGACAUCUACGGUAAAAAGCAAUCGAUGAGCAUCAUUCUGGCGAUGCGCGGUCGAGGCGGAUCCCGGAGCGGUCGCGGACGAAGCCGCAACGCUGCGGUGGUUAGCAAGUAUGCCGAUGCGGAACCGGUUGUCUUUACGCUGAGCAGCGAUGAUGAAGAUUCCUCUUCCGCCGACCGAUCGAAAAUCGUCUAUAAAUCCAUUAGCAACAUCUCCAAGAUCGCAUCGCAGCCGUCGGAAAAGCGAGAACCUUUGCCGUGCGAACCAACCAUCGGCGACGUCGAAGUAACCUCUGAUAAACCUCGGUUGGAUGUGACAGACGUGAAGAAUUUGCCGGACGGGCAGAUUACACAGCUCGACUGUACGACCAUUCGCAUCGGUUCGCUCAAGUAUGAGGCCAACGAGAAGGUGACGCUCUCGUCGAAAGGAAUGCGGAUUGUGGCACCGAACGUAAAGCGUCCGGCCGAGUACGUCAGUUUGGAUUUGCAGAUGCACGAAAUCGUGAAGGUUGUGGUACACUUCUCGAAGGCUCUCAACACAAUGUUCGUCUACACGUUGCCCUCGUGCGGACAGUACGUACGCCAGCACUUGGAGAUGGAUCUGAGCGAAGAGAAGCUUCCGUACUUUAAUCCAAUAAGUCGUGCGAACGAAACGCACAAACGAAUCACACUUGUGAUGGAACGAAUCACGGAGGAAUCAAAAUCAAUUCUGAAGAACAUCUUCAUCGGCCAGCAGCUGGAGGAAAUAAGUGUGCGCGAUGCGAACGAGCUGCUGCUUCGCUGUUCACCGGUCCGUUCCGCAUCGCCGGCGUCCGGUGAUGGCAAUGGCAGUAGCCACGCCACAAAUGGCAUCGACAGCGCUGGAAUGCUGGAUGCCACUGAAAUUCGUAAGAUACUCAUUUACCCGCCCGGCAAGGGUGGUAUUUCGAUCAACACGGAGGACUACAUGUGCUUGGCGAUCGAUCAAUAUUUAAACGACGUGAUCAUCGAUUUCUAUCUAAACUACCUGCGUCUGGAGCUGCUCAGUGAGAAGGAGCGCCGCGCCGUGCACAUUUUUAGCUCGUUCUUUUACAAUCGGCUUACGACGGUUUCGGCACGCCAACGUGCCACGGCCGGCAGCAACAGCAGUUCGACGAACGAGCGAGACCCGAAGCAAACGGCGGCUCAAAAGCGACACGCCCGGGUCGCUAGCUGGACCAAGCGCGAGAACAUUUUCGACCGUGACUUCAUCGUCAUUCCUAUCAACGAGCAAUCGCACUGGUUCUUGGCCAUCAUUUGCUUUCCCGGACUGGAGGGGCCAAUUUCGAUGACCAGUAAUGUACCGACACCGGUUCGCAAAGCAAGCAAGUCCGGUGUGAAAUCGACACCCAAAGUGUCGAAGCCGCCUGGCAACGUUUCGCUGCAGAUCGGUAGCACCACUAUUACGCCCGUUUCGAAGCGCGAUCUGGAAUCGAUCAAUCUGGGCGAGGACGAUGACUGCGACGAGCGGGAUGAAGCGGAAGGGGAUGAAAGUGAGCUGGCAAGCGAAACGGAGGAAACGGAGGAUGAAGAACCCACGGAUACGCGGACGGCCGUCAAACAGCCAUGCAUUUUAAUAUUCGAUUCGCUAACCGGUGCCUCGCGUAGUCGGGUAGUGGCGACGCUACGCGACUAUCUGACGUGCGAGUACCGGGCGAAGAUGCCGGGCAAACCACCGAAGCUCUUCAACAAACUCAACAUGCCGGGCCACUGUGUGAAGGUGCCACAGCAAAACAACUACACUGACUGUGGCCUGUACUUGCUGCAGUACGUGGAACACUUUUUCCUGCAACCUAUUACGGACUACAACCUUCCAAUCAAGCAGCUGCAAAAUUGGUUCGACACGCUCAUCGUUACGAAAAAGCGGGAAGAUCUAUCGAACCUACUUAAAGAGCUGAUCGGUAAACACAAUCCAAGGGAGCUGCCAUUGCCUAAAAUAGAGUUCCCCACACAGGACGGAAAAUUGGUUGUUGAAUCCGAAGACGGCUUGAAUGAUCCCGAGUUCGAGGAGGAAGAGAUGGAAGAUGAGGAGUUCCAUACCGCUCUGAACAACACAACCGACUGCGCUGACGCUGAACAACCAUCGGCCGACACCGAGGCGGACGGCGAUACCGAGAAUAGCAGCGCACCCAACAACGUCACGGCCACGCCCGGUACCAGUCUCAUCAAAAUGCUCGUCCCGAAACGCACUUAUCCAAUCACGCGGCCCGUCAGACACACGUUCGUGAGCCGUACCACCGGCGGCGUCAGCGCGACCGGGGAAGGGGCUGACGAACCGCUUACUUCGCUGGUGAGCUUGAAGCGACCGAUGGAGGUUACGGUUGCGGUUGGCAAACAGCAAUCAACAUCCGAAAGCAUUAGUAAUAGGUCCAAGCAACCACGGCUUACAGAUAGUUCGGGUAAGAUCGUAUCGUAGACUGAAAAGGACGACGCAGGGAUGUGCACAAGGAUGCGGCCGAUGAUGGAUGCCGCGGUGAUGACUUGAAAUAUACUGUGACAUAAAAAAAUGUCGCUUAUGUUGCGGUGCGGUAGAAGGAAGAUAGUCAAGAGACUAUUUUUCUUCUCAUAUUUAUGCGACCGAUAUUAUAGUUAUUUUUGUUCGUUUCCUAUUAUCAUUCGAUUCGCCGGCAUUGCGGUUUUGUUGUGAUUGCCAGCGACGUAAGCACCCAAUGUCUGCCAGAUGCCGCGAGCUUUGGCUAGGUCACAGCCAGUUUUAGUUCGCCAUCGUCACCAUUUGAUCGUUAGGCUUGUGAUGCAGGAAAUUCACAGAAUUCAGAUUCCUAUUCAUUGCAGUAAGUUAGCUUUGUUUUGUACACCUCCUAAGUUGUUUAAACCGAAUUACUUUUACUGUAUGUAUGUAUCGGUGCGACUGUAUGGUGUAGGUAUGUAAAUA